AUGUUUGACAAUGCGGUGGCCAUAGAGAAUCCGUCGACCGGGGACUUUGAAGAAGACAUUAUUCAUCGCCAUGAAGAAACUGCGUCUAGUUCAAACGCCACCAUUUGCGAUAUUGAGUCUAGUGAAGAUGAAGUUAAUGAUAGUGAAUUUAAAGCAACGACAUUUGCUGAGUGUUUACGGCAUCUCGAUGUGGCACAUGUUAAAAAAUGUCGAAAUUAUGAAUACUCCGACACUCUCGCUAAUCCGACAUUUUUUUUACGGUCCCAAUAUGCUAACGGCCUUACUCAAAAUGACCAAACUCCAGAACAAACUCCAGAAAAGAAAGAAGAAAAAGAAGCUGUUAAGGAUACAGAAAAGGACAAGAAGAAUAAAUCAAAGAAACCGACUCAAAAACUUCCCUCGUUGAAAGAGAGGUGUUCGUCCUGGAGAUGGCGGUUAGCAAUUAUCCUGAGUAUGGGGAACUUCAUUACUAUGGCCCUAAGAGAAGCAAUGCCUAUAGCUAUUGUAUGUAUGGCAGGACCUGCAGAGGAUGAAGUUUAUAAUACCUCUACCAUAGUUUUUGUUAAUGUGACUGCUCAGAUCGAUAACAAGACCGAACUUAUUACAGAAGAAAGAGAGACAGAGAAAGAGUACGAGUUUAGUUGGGAUAAAAAUACACGUGGAUUAGUACUAUCUGCAAAUAGAUACAGUGGUUUCUUCAUGCCACUUAUUGGUGGAAUCAUAUCUCAAAAAUUUGGUGCCAAACGUUUUAUAUUUGUCGUAAUGACAAUUGCAGGAAUUUCCUAUAUUUUGAUUCCUGAAAUGACUCGGAUGCAUGUAUAUUCUUUAAUAUCCCUGCAAUUCUCUGUUGGAUUAUUUACAUAUGGAAACAAACCUGCAUAUCAAGAUGUCUGGUCACUAUGGUCUCCCUAUCUCGAGAAAGUAUCUCUAGCCUCAUUCAGUAAAGCAGGAGCGAAUCUGGGAAACACAUUCUCAUCUCUAACGUAUGGGUUCCUAUGUACAAUCGAAUUAGAUAAUGGCUGGCCUUUUAUUUUCUAUAUUUUUGGCUCAGUAUGUCUUCUGUGGUGUGCAUUGUGGUUCUUUUUUGUCUCCAAUUCACCAGAAGAGCAUAAGUUUAUCUCAGAAGAGGAAAAGAAAUAUAUCAUAGCAAAUAGAGUUGGUAUAACAGGGAAGAAGAAACCCAAAACGCCUUGGAAGAGUGUAUUGACAUCGCGUCCAGUUUGGGCCAUCAUUAUAACACAAACAUGUCAAACAUGGUGUGGAACGACACUCUCAUUAUUUUUACCUCUGUAUUUAAAUGGUGUUCUAGAGUUCAGCAUUGGAAUUACUGGUGUUAUUAUUUCUGUUCAGUUUCUGUUUCGUUUUGUUGGUUCAUUAUUUUGGGGAUUUCUGUCAGAUGUACUCCUUAGGAAAACACCUCUCAGUGUCACGGUUAUACGAAAACUUGUUCAAAUCAUAGGAUUUGUGAUGAGUGCAAUUUUAUCAUCUGUAGUUACUUUUAUACCAUUAGAGUAUAGAGAAUGGGCUAUAGUUGUACUAGCUUUUCUCUUAUUCUUCCAAUCUGCUGCACCAUCAUCAUCUGCAAUAGCACCUUUAGAUAUAGCACCCAGAUUUGCAGGAAUAAUAACUGGUUUAUUUAUUGUUGUUGGUUCAAGUAUUUCCAUUUUAGUGCCAAUAGUUGUUUCAGACUUAACAUUCGAGGGUAGACGAGAAGUGGAAUGGAGAAUAAUAUUCAGUAUGUUAUCAGGCGUUUAUAUACUUGGAUCCUUUGUAUAUCUUGUAUUCGGUAGUUCUAAACUUCAACAUUGGGCGACGGCGUCUGAGAAGAAAACUAUGCCUGUAAAGAAGAAAACUGAAAAAGUGGGCGUGGACAAUAUUGUCUUUGAGAUUGAAACAGUCAGUUAA